AUGUGUCAGGCCGCCCGCCCGGCCGCCCGCCCGGCCUCCUAUAUAACCCCAGGCGCCCGCUCUGCCUCCCUGCGCCUCCUGCUCGCAGGCACAUGCCUCCCCUCCCCAGGACGAGGCCCAGCUGACCCGGGGCUGCGGGGUCCCCGGCAGGCAGCGGACAGGGAAGGGUUAAAGGCCCCCGGCUCCCUGCCCUGCCCUGGGGAACCCCUGGCUUGGGGACAUGAACUGUGUUUGUCGCCUGGUCCUGGUGGUGCUGAGCCUCUGGCCAGAGAGAGCUGCUGCCCGAGGGCCACCUCCUGGUCCCCCUCGAGCGGCCCCAGACCCUCGGGCAGAGCUGGACAGUGCGGUCCUCCUUACCCGCUCCCUCCUGGUGGACACGCGGCAGCUGGCCGCACAGCUGAGAGACAAGUUCCCCGUGGACGGGGACCACAGCCUGGACUCCCUUCCCACUCUGGCCAUGAGUGCGAGUGCACUGGGAGCCCUGCAGCUGCCCAGCGUGCUCACGAGGUUGCGGACUGACCUGCUGUCCUACCUGCGACACGUGCAGUGGCUGCGCCGGGUGGGUGGCCCUUCGCUGAGGACCCUGGAGCCUGAGCUGGGCACCCUGCAGGCCCGGCUGGACCGGCUCCUGCGCAGGCUGCAGCUCCUGAUGUCCGUCCUGGCCCUGCCCCAGGUGCCCCCAGAACCGCCCACACCACCCCUGGCACCUCCUGCCUCAGCCUGGGGAGGCAUCCGGGCGGCCCACGCCGUCCUGGGUGGGCUGCACCUCACCCUGGACUGGGCCGUGCGGGGGCUGCUGCUGCUGAAGACCCGGCUGUGACCCAGGACACAACACCACCGCCGUCCCUCCUUCGAAGCCACGUCUUAUUUAUUUAUUUAUUUCAGUAUCGGGACGGGACGGUCAGGGACGCCCCCUCACCAGGCCCCUGGUUAGACAGACUCAGUGAGAGGGGUGCCUGUGCCUUAUUUAUACUUAUUUAUUUAAGGGCUGGAGGAAGGGAAGGGAGGCAGGCGACUCACGGGCCCCCGAUUCUGUAAGGAGCCUUUCUACCAUGUCUUCCAGGGCCCUCUCUCCCCCUGGGCCUGGACAGGAGCAUAUAUUAUUAUUUAUUAAACAAUUACUUUGUAAUAUUAGGGUGAGGAGGGAAGAGAAAAGGAAGGCUGGGUUUUGAUGCAAAAUGGUGAGAAAGCCUCGUGAGACAGAGAGGGGAACUGCAGGCCCUUGUGGGGAGUCGCUGAGACUUGGACUUGGACCCUGGGGUAGAGCGGGCAAGGGGUGUGGCUGGUGGCCCAGAGAACUCUGGGGAGGCGGGUUUGAGCCCCCGUGAGCCAGCACCUGCCCCGUGGAAGGUUCCAGAAGGUUCCGGAAGGUCACCCCGUGAGUGAUGGUAUCAGCAAGGACAAAGCUGCACGCUUGAGGUCAUCCGUUCUGGCACUGUUCCCGCUGGCAAGUGGGAAAGGACCUGCAUGCCCAGCGGUGGGGACAGCUCCAUAACGAAGUUCCUCCUCGCUAGAGGACAGCCAUGGCGCACUGUCCAGGCGGGCGCGGCAGACAGCAGGCUGCACAGCUGCCUCGUCAUCCCGAUUUGGGGCUUCUCUAUGUGUACAGAUUUUUAAGUCCCAGAGGGAAAUACACCAACAUGGUGAUAAUGGCUGUCUGAGGGCUGGACACAAGAGGAAGGGUUGUGGGUGACUUUUAUUGUUUGCACUUGUAUUUUCAAGAAUUUCUACCAUGACUAUAUUUUGCAUGACACAUUUAAAAUAAUAAUAAACACUAUUUUUAGAA